AGAAAAAUCGCCAGUCUCCAUCUUCUAUUCCUCGUCCAGAAACCCCGCGAACUCUCCACAAGACACAGCAUGAUAAAAUCAUAGCACAUACCCAUCUAUAAAUACCUUUCUCGCGUCGCCUCCAAUUCGCACCAAGGAAAAGAAAUACAAAGAAGCUGCUCUAAUUCAACAAUUAGCUAGCUUUCACUUGCACACCUUAUUUUCUCAAACAAGAAACCAAGAAAAUGUCUCUUAUCCCAAGCACCCUCUUUGGUGGCCGAAGAAGCAACAUCUUUGAUCCUUUCUCUCUUGACAUCUGGGACCCUUUCCAGGACUUUCCCUUCACUAGCACAGCCAUAUCAGCCCCACGAUCAGAGUUCGCCAACGAAACAACGGCAUUUGCCAACACACGCAUAGACUGGAAGGAGACCCCCGAGGCCCACGUUUUCAAGGCUGAUCUCCCAGGGCUGAAGAAAGAGGAAGUCAAAGUGGAGUUAGAGGAAGGGAGGGUUUUGCAAAUAAGUGGAGAGAGAAGCAAAGAGAGAGAAGAGAAAAAUGACAAGUGGCAUAGAGUGGAGAGAUCAAGUGGGAAGUUCUUAAGGAGGUUCAGGUUGCCUGAGAAUGCAAAACUUGAUCAAGUUAAGGCUAAGAUGGAAAACGGGGUCUUGACUGUGACUGUGCCUAAAGAGGAAGUCAAAAAACCUGAUGUUAAGGCCAUCGAGAUCACCAGCUGAGACUCCACAUAAUAUGAAGGGACAUUCGGCGGCGGCGUGUUGCUUUGAGUCAUGAUAAGAUUCUAAUAAACAAGUAGAAUUGUGCGUGGAAGACUUGUGAAAUGGGAUAAUGUCAUGCGUGCAUGCAUGGGUUUUGUUUUGUUCGAUGUUGUGAACUUGUGAUCCUGAGUUUCCGUGUUAAUAAAGUUGUGUGGUGUCGUUAAAUCUUCA